AUGCGAUUUGAUCAAACCUCACAACUGUAUUCUAUGGCGGUCCAUCAAAGCUCGAGAACUACUCCACUCUGCAGAUUCACAGCUGCAUACAUCACCUGUCGCUCGCCGCCCAAUAGCCACACUUUGACCCCGCUGGCUGUCAGCGUCCUGGUGGUGGCCGGAGUCUCCUGUCCCGUGGUCAGCAACACUGUGCUGGUGACGCCACCUGGACCAAUGAGUUCAGAGUUUACUGUGUGCGUCACUCCCCUCAACUUCCGGUACAGUCGAGCCUACGAGCUGGUGGAGUGGAUAGAGCUCAGCAGACUGCUUGGCGCCGACAAGUUUGUCUUCUAUAACCACAGUACAGGACCUAAUGUUGACAAGGUCCUGCAGAUGUACAGGAGCCACGGUAUCGUAGACAUCCAGCCCUGGGACCUGCCUGUGCAGACAGACACCUGGCCCCCAACAAAGAGACCAGAGAUUCACUAUUUCGCCCAGAUUGCUUCACUUAACGACUGUCUGCACCGAUACCAGAAUCGUUCGCGGUACUUAGUUUACCAAGACCUGGACGAAUACAUCAUACCAAAAAGUGUAGAUACCUGGGCAGAAUUGAUACAGGACAGGGAGAAAAUAAGCGGCGAUAUCUCCGCCUUUCUGUUUAGAUGUAUCUUUUUUCGAAAAGAAUGGCCCAGUCCGGCAAAGAAUUUCCACAAACUUGCCAAAAUAUUCAACUCCGUUGUGUUAACUUACACACGAAGAGAAUCCAAAUGGCAGCUGCCAGGUGUCCGUUCCAAGUUUAUUGUUAAUCCGAGGAAGACAACGUCCAUUGGCGUUCAUCAGGUGUGGGAGGCCAGUAGUCGGGUGGAUUAUGUCCCUGAAGAGGUUGCACGUCUUCAUCAUUAUAGAAACUGGGACAACCCCGCAGACACACAGCCUCAAGUAGAAGAUUUGUUGGUUGCAGAAAAAUACGGGGCACGAUUGGUUGAACGAUUACAAAAGGCGUGGUCAGAUCUAGAAGGCGUUCCAAUGGAUGUUAACAUUACCAUAUAUGGAGAUUUCGCCUGA